AUGUAUACUAGAAAGAAGAUAGGUUACCAGUGUAGUGAAGGAAAUAUUGAAGGAGACUUAGUUCGUGUUUACAAAUUAUUAUUAUGUCCUUCCAUAGAGAAGGAGCGUGAUAAUUUUUCGGAUGGCAGGUUCAAACAGCAACCAUCUGGUUCAUUAAAUCCGUUCAUGAUAAAUCUUCAAUCAUUGCUUCAAAACAUUUUGAAGCCAUCUCCAUUUCUUUCUCAUUUACAACACAGGCUACAACCUUCGUUCCUACAACCACAUAUCUUUACAUCCACAUCACCAUCGCUCAUCGGAGUUCAACAGACUAUAUUUAAUGAUACGACAUUGGCGGAAACUCGCAAACAGAAAUUACAUAAAAGGAGGAUAACAACCGAGGGAGAAAUUCGACGGCAACGUAAAGAAAAUAUAGAAGGUCUAACCAAAAUGCACGAUGGUACCACAGGCGAAGAUUCAGUCAUAAAUAAACCUCCAAAUCUUCCUGGACUUGUCACAUUCAGAAGCUCGAAAAGUAUUAGCUAA